AUGAACUUCUCGAGGGCUGAUCGCAAGUCCAGGAUGGUACACGGCAUGAAAAUGAUUGCAUUCAUGUACAGCACAUGCCUAGUGAUGGUGGAGAGAGUUGAAGCUGCCGAUCCCGAUCCUCUGGUCGACUUCUCAGCAAACGCAACCACACCAGUAUUCCGCAACAUCUUUGUCAAUGGAGAUGUAACUACUGGAUCUGGAGGCGUUCGAGCAGCUCUUGACAUCGGAAAAUUCCCAGGCCUUACGUCGCAGGGUCUCACCGUUGUUCAGUUCAAAAUGGUUCCAUGUGGAGAGAACUUACCGCACACCCACCCACGUGCUACGGAGCUCCUUUCAUUGAUAAGCGGUGGUCCGCUCCAGGCUGGUUUCGUUGAUACCAAAGGACAAGCUCAUAUUCAUAUUCUGUACCCAGGAGAUCUCAUCGUGUUUCCUCGCGGAAUGUUACAUUUUGAGUUGAAUGUUGGUACAGAAACAGCUUUCUACCUUUCUGCUCUGAAUAGCCAAAAUCCUGGCACUCUGGACUCUGCUGGAGCGGUUUUGCAAUUACCUGAGCGUGCAGCUGCUAUUGCCUUCAAUCAAGACAUAGCAACAGUUGGAGCCCUUAAAUCGCAUAGACCUUACAACGAGCCCCCGACUCUGGAGGCUGCCAAGCCAGGAGUGUGUGUGCCAGGACAGUUUAUUACCACCAGUUGCUGA